AUGUACAGGUGCCUGUCCCACGAGUACUGGCUGCCGUGCUGCCGGAACGCCGCCCGCGUCACCAGGUACCGGCCCCACGAGUUGGCCACCAGCGCGCCGCCGCCGCCCUUGCUGCUAUCAUGCGAGUGCGCUCCUUUCAUGCCGCUGUUGCUGGCGGCAGCACCGCCCGGCGAGGGCCACACCAGCGCCGCCACUAUGCGCCAGGUGAAGCGCAGCGCCGUCAGCGGCAGGUCGCCCAGCACCGUGUACUUGCGCAGCAGCGAGGUCGUGACCACCAUUCAGUCUCUGUGCAACCAGACUCACAGCAUCGACCUCCCACUUGGCGACGUACUCGCGCACAAUCUUCUGGAUCAGGUCCGUAUCCCACCACACCUUGGGGUUGUCCUGCAGCUCGGGCCGGUCGAGCGCGACGCACCGCGCCUCGUCGAUGCCGAGCGCCGCGCACGACCCCCGGAGCUCCCGCGUCCGCAGCUCCCCGAGGCCGUAGUUGUUGCCCGUCGACAUGACCAGCAGGCCGCCCUUCAUGCCGCCGCCGCCGUUCCCGCCGUCCCCGUCGCGCCGCCGCCCGCGGUCCAGCACGCCGAGCACGCUGGGCGCGAAGAAGAGGCACUCGUCGUCCGGGUGCGCCGUGACGACGAGCAGGCUGCGCGCGCCCUGCAGCCGGCGCGGCAGCAGGCGCGCGUCGCCGGCCACGACGUAGGCCAGCAGCCACUGCAGCGCGAGCGGGAGCGCGACGGCGAGCACGGCGACCCGGACGAGCCAGCGGCGGACCCGGCGCGAGGAGAGCGCCGCGGAGAGGCCCGCCGCCGCCGACGCCAGGGCUCUGCGGCCCACGAGCAUUCGGUUCAGAACUGGACGGGGGAAACGUGA